AUGGAGUUGUUAGAUAGAAUGGAGGCACACAACGAAAUUCAAUCUACACAUCUUCAUAGCCUAGAGAUACAAGUUGCUCGGUUAGCUAGUGCUUUGCAAGACACAAACCAAGAAGGAUUAUUAACCAAAAUCGAAGCUACUCCAAUACAACAUGCCAUGUCCAUAGAGUUGAAAGGUGAUGAUGCUUUAGUAGAAUAUCCUCCCACAAAGGUUCACAUUGAGAUUGAAAGAGAAAAGUGUGAGAAUAGUGAACUUGAAACUUUGAUUUCCCGCCCAUCUACAACAUCCGCAAGCGUAAAUGUCAAAAGUGGAGCGGAAUUUGGUACUACGGAGCAAAAUACUCUUAUCACUACGAAAAACAAUCCAAGGGAGCAACUCAAGGCGGUUGAACUUAGAAGUGGGAAGAUUCUUAAGAAGUCUAGUGGAAAAAGGCCAAGAAUUAAGGAAGAUGAACCCCAAGUGGUGGUAGAUGUUGCUAGCUCUAGUCAAGAGCCACUCAAGGCUAGUGAGGAGGCUUUGAUUGAAGUAGAGGAACCUUAUGUGAGACCACCUCCACCUCCACUGUUUGUCCCUAAGGUCCCAUUUCCGGGUAGAUUGAAGAAAGUUCCCGACACUCAAAAGCUCCACAAGUUCUUGGAGAUUCAAAAAGCUCCAAAUCAAUCUAAGUCUUGUGGAUGCUUUGAGGGAAAUGCCUCAAUAUGCAAAACGUUUCUCAAAGACAUCAUGAACAAGAUGAGUUGGGAGAAAGACGGCACCAUUUCCUUAACGGAAAGUAGUAGUUCCAUCAUACAAAAUGACUUGCCAAGCAAAAUAAAAUAUCCAGGGAGUUUUACUAUUCCUUGUACUAUUGGAAACAUGAAUUUUAUUAAUCGCUUGUGUGAUUUGGGUCUUAGCAUUAAUUUGAUGCCUUUGUUUCUUUUUAGGUCCUUAUUUGGUGAUCAUCUGGUGAAGCGCACCUUAAUGGUAUUGCAACUCGCUGAUCACUCUCUUAUGAAGUCGUAUCGUUUGGUCGAAGAUGUGCUUGUUAAAGUGGAUAAAUUCAUCUUUCCAGUGAAUUUUGUGAUCUUAGACUAUGUGGUGGAUAAGGAGUGCCCUACGAUCCUUGGUCGGCCAUUCAUGAAUACCGGCCGGGCUUUAAUUGAUGUGCACGCCGGAAAGCUUGCUUUGAGACUCGAUAAAGAAAAGGUCAAAUUUGACAUGAAGAGAGUGAUGCGGAAUGCCAUCGAGGAGGAAGAAUGCAUGAGGAUGGAAUUGGUUGAGAAGUAA